GUCACACGCCGGGGCGGGGCCGAGAGUUUGGUGCCCCGGAGUGGGGUGUCGGCGCCUCAUUCGGGUGGAGCUGAGCCGGAGACAGACAGUCGUGAGAGACUUCAGGACAAGAAUGUUUCACUUAAGGACUUGUGCUGCUAAGUUGAGGCCAUUGACGGCUUCCCAGACUGUGAAGACAUUUUCACAAAACAGACCAGCAGCAGCUAGGACGUUUGGGCAGAUCCGGUGCUAUACUGCCCCCGUUGCUGCGGAGCCCUUCCUCAGCGGGACUAGUUCGAACUAUGUGGAGGAAAUGUACUAUGCUUGGUUGGAAAACCCCAAAAGUGUACACAAGUCGUGGGACAUUUUUUUCCGAAACACCAAUGCCGGAGCGCCCCCGGGCACCGCCUACCAGAGCCCGCUCCCCCUGAGCCUGGGCUCCCUGUCAGCUGUGGCCAGAGCGCGGCCCCUGGUGGAGGUUCAGCCCAACGUGGACAAGCUGGUGGAGGAUCACCUGGCGGUGCAGUCUCUCAUCAGGGCCUACCAGAUUCGAGGGCACCAUGUAGCACAGCUGGACCCCCUGGGAAUUUUGGAUGCUGAUCUGGACUCCUCCGUGCCCGCUGAUAUUAUCUCAUCCACAGACAAACUUGAUCUUGCAGUUUUCAAGGAACGACUUCGAAUGCUAACAGUAGGAGGGUUCUACGGCCUGGAUGAGUCUGACCUGGACAAGGUCUUCCACCUGCCUACCACCACGUUCAUUGGCGGACAGGAGUCGGCCCUUCCGCUGCGGGAGAUCAUCCGGCGCCUGGAGAUGGCGUACUGCCAGCACAUUGGGGUGGAGUUCAUGUUCAUCAAUGACCUGGAGCAGUGCCAGUGGAUCCGGCAGAAAUUCGAGACGCCUGGGAUCAUGCAGUUCACCAACGAGGAGAAGCGGACCCUGCUGGCCCGGCUCGUGCGCUCCACCAGGUUUGAGGAGUUCCUGCAGCGGAAGUGGUCAUCUGAGAAGCGCUUUGGUCUCGAAGGCUGCGAGGUGCUGAUUCCUGCCCUCAAGACCAUCAUUGACAAGUCAAGUGAGAACGGAGUGGACUACGUGAUCAUGGGGAUGCCGCACAGAGGGCGGCUGAACGUGCUUGCAAACGUCAUCAGGAAGGAGCUGGAGCAGAUUUUCUGUCAGUUCGACUCAAAGCUGGAGGCAGCUGAUGAGGGUUCUGGAGACGUGAAGUACCACCUGGGCAUGUAUCACCGGCGGAUCAACCGUGUGACUGACAGGAACAUCACCCUGUCGCUGGUGGCGAACCCUUCCCACCUGGAGGCUGCCGAUCCCGUGGUGAUGGGCAAGACUAAAGCUGAGCAGUUUUACUGCGGGGACACCGAGGGAAAGAAGGUCAUGUCCAUCCUUCUGCACGGGGAUGCUGCAUUUGCCGGCCAGGGCAUCGUGUACGAGACCUUCCACCUGAGCGACCUGCCGUCCUACACGACUCACGGCACCGUCCACGUGGUCGUCAACAACCAGGUAACCUGGGCUCCGGGCGGGCUCUGGGGCCUUUGCUGCAGAGAAGGCUGCGGAGGCCACGGCAUCAGUUAGACUUUCUCCUGAGGCUUCUACGCUCACAUCUGCCUUACUUAGAAUGACACGUUUUCACCAUUUAAUACAUUUGUUGUUUUCUGAUUAAUGAACUUGGACAAACAGGAAACUUUCUUUAAAGUGGAGAGAUUUUAAUUACAGUGUUUAAGGUCAUGGUGUUAUUUCAGAAUAUUUUCUUCCAUACCCACAAGCAUAUAGAUGGCUUUCCUCUUUCAAGAAACUGAGUUCUAUAUACACAGUUUUAUAUCCACUUCUUAAUUACCACAGUAUUUUCUCAUGGCA